CGUACACGUUCUCUCUAUUUCAUUGAAUCUCUCCCGCAGCGGAGCGACCUCUAGUUGCAGGAUGCUACCUCGGCCAGCGUCGAAACACCGGUGACACCGUCGCCAACGUCUGCGUAAGCAUCUCCGCGCUUUUCAUCGACGUCUCAUAUGCGAUGUCUCAUCGAUCAUGGACUCUCGCAGUGCUGGCUCUCCAGCUUGCUGUCGCCGCCGUGAAUGCAGCGUCGGCCGUCGAGAUCCUCUCGCAGGUCCCGUCUUGUGCUGUGAGUGAUUGUGGCAUCAGCCAGGCUUUCGUCGCGCUAAAGCAUCUACCAUCUAGUCGGAGUGCAUCAGCAGCACAUUCAUCACGUCGGCCUGCGAUCCAGAAGACGUGACCGCGUGUAUCUGUCUCGACAUUGCUG